AUGGGUAACAACCAUUCGGCGUCCAACAAGGCGGGCGGGCCUGGGUCUGGGUCGCCUCCGCAGCAGCAGCCGCAGCCAGGCGUCGAGUCUCAGUCCCAGUCUCCUCGCCAGCCUCAGCAUCGCAAGGACGGAUCCCGCAACAUCAUCCCCAUCCACGGUGCCCGCGCCGCUGCCGCCACCGAAUCGUCCUCUCUCCAGGCCCAGGGCUCCAUCGCCGCCUCCGUGCCCAACCCAAAGACCAAGAGCGUGCCCGCCACCGGCGUCUCCUCGCUCAGCGGCUCGCCGCAUAGCAGCACCGUCUCCUCCGUCGCCAACGCCGCUGCCGCCGUUGCCGCGGCCGUCGUCGCCGGCAGCCCCAAACCGUCCGAGCCGCGACCCAUCCUACGCGACGAACCCUCCAAGCCCGUUGCCGUCCCCAUCGAGGGGUCCCUGGCGCGUCCUCAUAUCCCAGGCAUCCCGCCAAAUUUCGAUGCCCAGCUCUUUUCCAACAGUAGCCUGACGGACAUGUACAUGAUGCGCCCGCCUCGCCUGCCGCUUCCUAUUGAGGAGGAGGUUCACACGCCUGGCUCGCCCAUCCUCGGACCCGACGAGAGCCUGGCCGAUCUCGAGCUCGGCGAAUCGUCCGAAGCCUUGACGAGGAAGAGCUCCGCGCUCAGCUCGGGCACGGCCGAGGAUGACGAGGGUGAGGAGCUACGCGUGGACAAGACCAGGCCUGUCGUUGCCACCAGGAUUGAGUGGAGGGGAGGUGGUGAAAAGAUUUGGGUUACCGGUACGAUUUUCCACUGGAAUCGAAAGCUCCGGCUGCGUCCUGUCGAGGGCCAACCAGGUGUCUUUGCCGCCACAAUUCACGUGCUGCCCGGCACCCAUCACAUCCGCUUCUUAGUUGAUGGGAUUAUGCAGACAUCACCCGAGCUCCCCACUACUGUUGAUUUUGGAAACAACUUGGUAAACUACAUCGAAGUUAACCCCGACGACGUCUUGGCGACCAAGAAGGGCGAAGUCAUCGAGGCUACCGAAGCCGCAAAGGAGAAGAGCGGAUCUCAAGCCGAUUCUGAGUCCAAGGAAGAGCCCAAGGUGGCCAGGGGAAAGCCUGUCUUGCCGCAAGAGGCUUACAAUGGUCAGAUCCCGCAGUACCUGCUCGAUUUCGACCAGGCUGAAGAAUCGCCGGCCUAUCGCAAUGCCGUGUCCGCCAUAGAGAAGCUGACAACACCCCCGAGCCUGCCCGGCUUCCUGGGCAAACCAAUCCUCAACGCUGCCACCUUGAUGAAGGACGACAACAGCGUCUUGAAUAUGCCCAAUCAUACCGUUUUGAAUCACCUUGCGACCAGCAGUAUCAAAAACAAUGUUCUGGCUGUGUCUGCAACUACUAGAUAUCACAACAAGUAUGUCACUACAAUUAUUUACAAGCCUACCUCCACAGAUGAAGGUUAA